CCUCCUCUCCUCCUGGGCUGUUCUUCCCCGGCCGGCCGAGGAGCGGCACUGUCUCCCCGCGGCCAGGCGCACGCUCGGCCCAGGCGUCCCCGACAGCCGCCGGGCCUGACUGAGGCGGCAAGAAGCGCGGGGCGGCGGGGGGGAAAAAGCAGGUCGGUCCGCAUCGUGGCAGCACCAGCGAGCGGCAGAAACGCCGGAGACCCCGACCACCACCGCCGCCUUCCGCCACCGCCUGCUCGAUGCUGCACCUCCCGGAGCUGCAUGAGAGGCCGGUAGAAGCCUGCGGAGAAGGAAACUUUCUCGACGGCAGCGUCGGCAUCAGCGCCAGGAUGGACUUCCCGUCCACCCAACCCAAGCCUCCCCCCGAUGGCAAGAUCAUCUUCUACCCGCCUGGAGUGAAGGAGAUCACGGAUAAGAUCACCAACGACGAAGUGGUCAAACGCUUGAAGAUGGUAGUGAAAACGUUUAUGGAUAUGGACCAGGAUUCAGAAGAUGAGAAACAACAAUAUCUCCCUUUAGCCUUGCACCUUGCGUCCGAAUUCUUCCUCAGGAACCCCAACAAAGAUGUCCGUCUCCUUGUAGCUUGUUGUUUGGCUGAUAUAUUUCGAAUUUAUGCCCCUGAAGCACCGUAUACUUCACAUGACAAGCUCAAGGAUAUAUUUUUGUUUAUUACAAGACAGUUAAAAGGAUUAGAGGACACUAAAAGCCCUCAGUUUAACAGAUACUUUUACUUAUUAGAGAACUUAGCGUGGGUUAAAUCUUACAACAUCUGCUUUGAGUUGGAAGAUUGCAAUGAAAUUUUUAUUCAGCUUUUUAGGACUCUCUUUUCAGUUAUCAACAAUAGCCACAAUCAGAAGGUCCAAAUGCAUAUGCUAGAUUUGAUGAGUUCUAUCAUCAUGGAAGGCGAUGGGGUGACUCAAGAACUGUUGGACUCCAUUCUUAUCAACCUCAUUCCUGCACACAAGAACCUUAAUAAACAGGCCUUUGAUCUUGCAAAAAUCCUGUUGAAAAGAACAGUCCAAACCAUUGAACCAUGCAUUGCCAAUUUUUUUAAUCAGGUUUUGGUACUAGGAAAGUCUUCUGUGAGUGACUUGUCUGAGCAUAUAUUUGAUCUAAUACAAGAACUUUUCGCUGUCGAUCCUAAUCUUCUGUUGUCUGUCAUGCCACAGCUGGAGUUCAAGCUGAAGAGCAAUGAUGGAGAAGAACGCUUAGCUGUCGUAAGGCUUUUAGCAAAGUUAUUUGGUUCCAAAGAUUCAGAUCUUGCAACACAAAAUCGUCCACUUUGGCAGUGUUUUCUUGGCCGAUUCAAUGAUAUUCAUGUUCCUGUGAGAUUAGAAAGUGUGAAAUUUGCAAGUCAUUGUUUAAUGAACCACCCAGAUUUAGCAAAAGACCUCACUGAAUACUUAAAAGUCAGAUCCCAUGAUCCAGAAGAAGCCAUCCGCCAUGAUGUCAUUGUCACAAUCAUAACUGCGGGCAAAAGAGAUCUUUCUUUAGUCAAUGACCAACUCCUUGGCUUUGUCAGAGAAAGGACACUGGAUAAGCGGUGGCGGGUAAGAAAAGAAGCGAUGAUGGGACUUGCUCAGCUGUACAAGAAAUACUGCCUCCAUGCUGAAGCUGGAAAAGAUGCAGCCGAGAAAGUCAGCUGGAUAAAGGACAAACUUUUGCACAUCUAUUAUCAGAAUAGCAUUGAUGAUAAAUUGCUGGUGGAGAAAAUUUUUGCUCAGUAUCUUGUCCCUCAUAAUUUGGAAACCGAAGAGAGAAUGAAGUGCUUAUAUUAUUUAUAUGCUAGCUUAGAUCCAAACGCUGUUAAGGCAUUGAAUGAAAUGUGGAAGUGCCAGAACAUGCUUAGGAGUCAUAUGCGGGAAUUGCUAGAUUUGCAUAAAAUACCCACCUCGGAGGCAAACAGUGCUGCUAUGUUCGGAAAGCUGAUGACCAUAGCAAAAAAUCUUCCAGAUCCUGGAAAAGCCCAGGAUUUUGUGAAAAAGUUCAAUCAAGUCCUUGGUGAUGAUGAGAAACUUCGUUCUCAGCUUGAAGUGCUAAUCAGCCCUACAUGUUCCUGUAAACAGGCAGAUAUCUGUGUGAGGGAAAUAGCCCGGAAGCUUGCAAAUCCUAAGCAACCAACCAAUCCUUUCUUAGAGAUGGUGAAAUUUCUUUUAGAAAGAAUUGCUCCUGUGCAUAUUGACUCAGAAGCUAUCAGUGCAUUAGUAAAGCUGAUGAAUAAAUCAAUAGAAGGGACAGCCGACGACGAAGAGGAGGGUGUAAGUCCUGACACAGCAAUCCGCUCAGGGCUUGAACUUCUCAAGCUUUACAGAACCCUUAUUCCAAUCUUGCACCAGAAAGCAAAGAGAGGAACACCUCACCAAGCCAAGCAAGCUGUCCAUUGUAUACACGCCAUAUUUUCCAAUAAGGAAGUUCAGCUUGCUCAAAUCUUCGAGCCUUUAAGUCGAAGUUUGAAUGCUGACGUUCCGGAGCAGCUCAUAACUCCUCUGGUUUCCUUGGGUCACAUUUCCAUGCUGGCCCCAGACCAAUUUGCAUCCCCCAUGAAAUCCGUCGUUGCAAAUUUCAUUGUGAAAGAUCUUCUUAUGAACGAUAGGUCUACAGGUGAAAAAAAUGGGAAAUUGUGGUCUCCGGACGAAGAGGUGUCCCCAGAAGUCCUAGCAAAGGUCCAAGCCAUUAAACUCCUGGUGCGUUGGCUCUUGGGGAUGAAGAACAACCAGUCCAAGUCUGCAAAUUCAACGCUUCGGUUGCUAUCAGCCAUGUUGGUCAGCGAAGGAGACUUGACAGAACAGAAGAGAAUUAGCAAAUCAGACAUGUCGCGACUACGGUUGGCUGCUGGCAGUGCCAUAAUGAAGCUUGCCCAAGAGCCUUGUUACCACGAAAUUAUAACACCAGAACAAUUCCAGCUCUGUGCACUGGUCAUUAAUGAUGAAUGUUACCAGGUGAGGCAGAUAUUUGCUCAGAAGCUACAUAAGGCACUAGUAAAAUUACUGCUCCCAUUGGAGUACAUGGCGAUAUUCGCACUGUGUGCCAAAGACCCUGUAAAAGAAAGAAGAGCUCACGCUCGGCAAUGUUUGCUUAAAAAUAUAAGCAUACGGCGAGAGUACAUCAAGCAGAACCCUAUGGCAAACGAAAAACUCGUAUCUCUGUUGCCCGAGUAUGUGGUGCCAUAUAUGAUUCAUUUGCUGGCUCACGAUCCAGAUUUUACAAAACAGCAAGAUAUCGAUCAGCUUCGCGAUAUCAAGGAGUGCCUGUGGUUCAUGCUGGAAGUUUUAAUGACCAAGAAUGAAAACAACAGCCACGCCUUCAUGAAAAAGAUGACAGAAAGUAUCAAGCUUACACAGGAUGCCCAGUCUCCAGACGAGCCAAAGGCCAAUGAAAAACUCUACACCGUAUGUGACGUAGCCCUCUGUGUAAUCAACAGCAAAAGUGCUUUAUGUAAUGCAGAAUGUCCAAAGGAUCCGGUGUUGCCAACUAAAUUUUUUGCGCAGCCUGAAAAGGAUUUUUGUAACGAUAGGAAUUAUAUCUCCGAAGAGUUGAGAGUUCUUCUUUUAACAGGAAAGCCGAAACCAACCGGCGUAUUAGGGGCAGUAAAUAAACCUCUAUCUGCAACGGGAAGAAGGCCAUAUAUUCGAAACACAGGAUCAGAAACUGGAAAUAAUAAUAGCGUAAAUUCAGAGUUGAAUUCUCCAAUAGAAAACAGAACAAGGGAGCCAAGCUCAGACCUAUCAGAGACGGGGGUGAGUGAAAAUGAUGAAAAUCCAGUGAGAAUUAUUUCAGUCACUCCAACAAAAAUGGAACCUGUGAAGAACAAGGAGAUUAAUUCUGACCAGGCACCCCAAGAAAAUGUCAGUGCUGACCGGGGCAAAAAAAGAAUCACAACAGCAUCCGGGACGGAGAAUUUCCAUCAAAAAGCAGAAGAGAAGAAAACAGAUGAAACGGGUCAGCCGGCUCCUCCCAAACCCCGGCGAGGACGUCCCCCCAAGUCUGAAUCUCAGGGAGCCACCACGAAAAGUGCCGAAAUGAGUAAACCCUCCGGACGAGGACGGAAAAGGGCAGCCCCGGCUUCAGAAGGUCCGGGCGGACUGGAGGCAAGCAAUGCCAAGGCACCAAAGCAGCAAGAGGCCACCAAGAAAACAGCACCAGCACAGAGGCAGAUUGACCUGCAAAGAAGCCAGGUGCUGGGCAGUGAUGGAGAUUCAGUGUUGGAGAUAGAGUCCAGUCCAGGAUAUUCUGCGAGUGAAAUGGAUCUUUUUAAACUUUGUGAGAGCAGCCAGGAGGACCUUGAGGAGAGAGCUCUAACAGAGGCAGGCUCGCUGAAGGUAAAAAGAAAACUUCCUCGCAAAAGGAAGAGAGGAGAGCCAAAGGACGGUAUGCUCCCAGCUUCUGCAAAACCCAAGAAAUGUCCUAUAUAGGAACUGAAAAUACUUCCGAUCAUACAGCUUUCAGCUCUGAACACCGAAGGAAAACUCUGCUUCCCUUUCAGAUAAAACGAAUUUGCAGAAACUCUUGAGAGAGGCUAAAAGCAUCUGUACUUAUUUCCCCAGAGACUUUUUUAUGAAAAGUCAAUAAUUAAGCAAAUUGCUUAACACUUAAUUCCAGUUUCUGCACAUCUGGAGUUUAAAAGUGUUUUACUCCAUUAAUUUUCAUGCUGCAUUUUUUUAAAAGAAAGUCAGAGAGAGGUCCUUAUACCAUUGUUAAAAAUUCACAUACCUUAACUGGGUAUCGCCCAUCACCUAUAUUUUUUUUCAAGAAAAAGAAGGCGGCUACCGAAUGGUUUUUAAACUGAGACAUACUUGCAAAAUGGAAUUCUCAUCUGCUUUCAUUUUAAAGACUUAUGUAUAAUUUUUAUCCCCAGCAAAAUAAGAUGUACAGAUUUUGGUUCCUGCUUUGAGAAGUCACCUAGUGGCAAUUUUUAUAAUGUUGCUUUCUGACUUUUAUCCAGGGUAGGAGACUAAUCAUUUGAUGAUUGAUUUUUAAGUAGACAUUUCAUCUUUUUUUUUUAAUUUCCUGCUCCAUUUUAGUUUUAAUAUAAGUUGCAAUAAAUGUACAUAUUGUUCGUUUUAUAAAAAACAUAUAUCACUUCUGAGUGGGUUUACUCCUGUUGUUUUGUUGGAAUAUUCUAAAUCUAAAUGGAGUAAAGUCAUCCCAGGAUUUGAUUUUAUAAUGUUUGUCACCAGAUUUUUAUUAUUGAUGUAAAAAAUCAAUUUUUUAAAAUAGUUGGAUUUUUGGCAGCUUUGUAAGGAACAUUGAAAAUGUUUAGGAUUUCAAGCAUUGUCUUGAUUGAAACUAAGUCUGUUUUACGUUUUCCUUCCCCUUCUCAUUUUUUAACAUUUAAUUUAGAAAACUUGCAUCAAUGUUGAUUCCCCCCCCCCCGGCAUUGUUCAGCAUAUAGUGUACGCUUUUAAGUACACACCAUCAUAUUUAAGUUGGUUGCAUAAAAUAAAUGCUUCUAGGUGUCA